AUGAGUACACCAUCACCAACGAGUUGGGAAAUACCCACAAGAUUUCUUGACGGGCAUCCAGGCUUUACGGCAUCGCCAUUUAAACAUGAAGGUGUUUGGGCAGCCUACUCAUUUGAUAUGAAGAAUUGGUUAUUGUUAUUAUUACUGGUGGUUGCAGGAUGGACUUAUCUUGCUUUGGCUGCAGAUGAAGAUACCGAUAACGUUCCAGAGGAAGUUCAAGAAUCUAAUCCAGAACCAGAAUCGGAACCUUCUACACCGAAAUUGGUUGCUAUGCAUGCAAAUACGACUCAAGCACCUGUCCAAGCACCUCCUGAACCGGAAGCGGAAACCAAAGGGAACGAUGAUAAUGGUGCUGCCACUUCUGGAUUAGCUAUGAUUGCCAUGUUUACUUCUCUAGCGGCAUCCCUACAAUUAUUUUUAUAACACCGUUGUUUGCCAUUUGUCUAACCAAACACAUUGCAUUCUAAAUUGUAUUUGAGACCAACAAUUAUUCAUUCACUUUUCGGUCAUUAAAUUGAAAGUAAUACAAGGGAGGUAAUCACAUUGAGAAUUUUGAUCCAUUGAGUUGGCUUUGCAAUAGUACAUCAUUGUUAAAUACCAUGUAUAAUGUAUUUCCAUUGCUUUUUAGUGUGUAAGCUGGUCCUUGACUUGUAUAUAGCCUAGCCCUUAAUAUUAUCUUGUGUGGAAAAAAUGUUAUAAUCAUAGCGGAAGCAAGGGUUGCAUAGUUUGAUAAAUUUCAUUUGUCAACCUCUAUGGCAGCGGUUCGAAACAAAGUUCCGGGUGACACUCCUCUGAAUGAACAUGAUAGUGGCAUAUAGACAACAGAGAGCAUCAGCAAGGUAGUGAAAAUGGUUUUCAUUGUUCAAGGCAUCUUCACAAUGUCAAGCUAUUACGAACUUCGUCUUCUACUUUGAAUGCAAUAAACACCUUUCUUGUAUCAUGGAAUGCAGCGAUUUGAUUUAAUUUUACCUUCAAGGUAUAAUGAAGCUUGCCAUUAUGAAGAUGUGUUCAGUACUACUCUGUUUCAAGACUUAACGUACACAACUCAGAAAUUAAACUCAUUUGGUUGUGAUGUAUUUAACACUAUUUAAUGUAUCUAAUAUCAUGUUCAUUCAUGACAAACGAAGGCCCAUAUUUCAAUUUGCUCAACGCAUGUCUCAAGGUUGUGUUCAUUUGAUCAUAUAUUAGAAUAAUUUAUCUAUUUAUUAUGUAAAAUAAGCGUUGUGAAGCUUUUUUUGUUAAUGAUCCAUAUAGCCGUGUCAUAGAGUGAUGAACUUUCAAAGUUCGGACGGACACAAGAUGCUUCGCGGAUCAUUAAUAAUAUUAAGUAUAUUAUACUUCUUUUAGUGGCGCCAAUACAACUGAGGUAGGAGGAGGCGAACUGGAUUUAGUCACAUUUAAAAUUAUAGUCUUCCAAAUUUACAUUUAUAGAUUCUUUCACAAUUCUUUUUUCAACACUCGAGUUAUUAAGCAUCCAAUAAAGGACUGCUAUACAAAUAAUGUAAAGGCAAAUAUGCUCAUUGCUUCAUUGGGAGAAACAGAAAGAGGCACCAAGCGCUUGUAUAAGGAUCUAACAUUACUGUGCAGCACCGUCAAAGAAUGUCAAUCCAUAACCAGAUGAUGCAGCAAAUGAUGAACGUCUACGUUCUGAAUACCUAAUUCUGCAAUCAAGGUUAAGAGUGGAGCAAAGAGUAUUUUUAGAGACUUUUCUGUCUUUGAUGACCUAUGCUCCGUUUGAAAACGUCUUACGUUGUUUGUGAAAAAAAAUUACAUGUAUCAAUCCAAUUUACUAUAAAUUUUGAUAUUAAGAUGUUUUUGAAACCUCGGGCUAAACGCCACACUUUAUUUGUAUUUUGUGAAUCACAGUUUUUGUAGCAAUGUAGUAACUAUAGUAUUUUAAUAAAAUAAUAGUCAUAGA